UAUUCAGUGACAGCAGCAUUAUUAAUAACGUUAGUUAGCCUGCUGACCAUUUAUGUGACCAUGAGCCCCGAUACAUGCAGACCAUGUCUUGUUUGUUGGUUAUAACACGAGUUCAGCUUUCCUAAUGUGUCUCGUCAAUUCGGCUCGCACACGAGCGGCUCUCUAAAUAUAUUUAAACUAGAAAGUGUUACGCGAUCACACCAGCCGCGACGGAAAAUUAGUGCAUGGUGCAAUGGAUUGAAUGACAUGAUGUGUGAUUGACAUGUUGCCAGUGCUGGUGGUCCACGGAGGGGCGGGUCAUAUCCCAAAGGAGCGGUCAGAGAAGUCCACUUCGGGGGUGUGCUCAGCAGCCCGAGCAGGGUAUGUUAUACUCCAGGGAGGGGGCAGCAGCAUGGACGCUGUGGUAGAGGCUGUGACCCAGCUGGAGAAUAACCCCGCCUUUAAUGCAGGGUGUGGGUCAGUGCUGAACAUCAAAGGAGAGGUGGAGAUGGAUGCCAUCGUGAUGGAUGGGAAAACACUGGGUAGUGGUGCCGUUUCUGCCGUACGCAACAUAGCCAACCCUAUCCAGCUAGCAAGACUGGUUAUGGACAAGACGACUCAUGCAUGUCUGACAGCAGAGGGUGCCAGUCAGUUCGCCCGUGCCAUGGGUGUCCCUGAGGUACCCCAAGAGUCCCUGAUCACUGAGUACUCUCGCAUGCGCUGGAAGAAGAACCUGGCACCUGACGCCAACCCUGUGGAGUGCCAUAUGGGAAAGAUGGGCACCGUUGGAGCAGUGGCAUUGGAUAGUGAAGGCAACAUAGCCUGUGCGACCUCCACUGGUGGGAUGCUGAACAAGAUGGAGGGACGGGUGGGUGACACACCGUGCAUAGGGUGUGGAGGUUAUGCUGACAACAAGAUAGGAGCAGUGUCAACUACAGGCCACGGAGAAGCCAUCAUGAAGGUUACUCUCGCCAGACUCAUCCUGUUCCACAUGGAGCAAGGUCAGUCAGUAAAGGCAGCCAAUGAAAAGGCCCUGGCUUACAUGAAGUCCAGAGUAGGUGGGAUGGGUGGGGUGGUGACAGUGGACCCUCAGGGCCACUGGGAUGCUUCCUUUUCCAGCUUGCAGAUGGCCUGGGCUGCAGCCCAGAAAGAUACCCUGCACUACGGCCUGUACACUGGGGAACACUUUACCCAGAGCAUCGACUGAAGUCAAGAAUAUUAAUACUACUUAAUGUUAAUAAAAUGAUAAAAUACAGUUUAACAAUA